CGCUCGAACAUCAUCUUCGCGGGUGAGGAUAAGUGGUCUCUGGACCCGCGGGUGGAGCUGGUGACUCAGGGUCAGCUGGAGUACAGUCUGCGGAUACAGAAGGUGGAUGUGUUCGACGAGGGUCCGUAUACCUGCUCCAUCCAGACCAAACAGCAGCCCAAGACGUCACAGGUCUAUCUCAUCGUUCAAGUUCCUCCAGUCAUCUAUAAAGUUUCGGACGACAUCACUGUGAACGAGGGCAGUAACGUGACGUUGACGUGUUUGGCCAGUGGGAGGCCAGAUCCCUCCAUCACCUGGAGACUGCUCAACCCGUCAGGUGAGAGACAGCCAAUCAGCUGCUGGAAAAUCUCCUAUUACACCAUGUGUGCUGCAGAUCAUGUGUGUUGUUGCAACCACAUCACAUAAACCACAACA